AUGUUGGCGGAUCCGCAGGAAACACUAGUGGACAGGCAGAUACCACACACAAACAAUAAUGAGAACUUUUCUUCGGUGAUCUGUAUAGAGAGUGAUCAAGAAGAGGAUGAAAGGAUACGUGAAGAAAAUAGACCUACCAGACUUGGCGUUGAUAGGCGGCUCGGUAGAGCAAGAGAUGCGAUGAAUAGGUUUUUAAAUUCAAAUGGGACAAAUAUAGCACUACAACAAAUAUCAUAUGAUGCACACGGAGCUGGUGCUACUGUCGGGAACAGUUGUGAUGAUGAUGAUGAUGAUGAUGAUGAUUUAGCAAUAGUGGGAGAGGUGAAUAGGCCUAUGAAUCAUGACACACCUAUCGAUUCUAGCGCUGAGUUUGUGGAUCUGGAUGAAGAAGUUGAAGAACAGCAGAGGCAUCCAACAGCAAUUCUUGUGCACAGGCCUCUCAAUGAAGAAUAUCACGAAACUGAAGGAGAUGAUGAUGCAUUGGAAAUUAUACAGGAGAGAACAGCAGGUCCAAGGGUUAGGUUGAAUCUUCCUGGUGGCGAAACGAUCGAAAUUAGCGCAUCGCCAACCGACAGACCAAUCAGAAGAUCUUUUGAAUGGCAACAGAAUCUGCGGCAAUCACGUCGCCAAAUGCUGCGAAGAAGUGCUCGAAGAGCUAGACAGUUGUUGUUUGAGCCUGAAGACAGCGAUUCUCAAGAAGAGAGUGAUUCUGUUCGCUUACCGCCAAACAUUCUGCUAUUUAGGCGACAGGAACAGCUGCGUCAGAGACAAGCACAAAGGAGGCGAUACGAACAAGCAACUGAAAAUGCAAAUACCGAGAGCAGUGAUUCAGGACUUGCUGAAAUACGAAGAAGAAUUAACUCACAUCCACCAGAUGUUCGGAGCGCAUUUGAGCAUGCACAAUCCUUACAUGAGUUCAGAUCUAUUUUGCAAAACGUUGCACCCAUUACACUGCAAGAAUGCGAUGCCGACUUGAUAGCACUUUUCACUGAAUAUCGGAGCAGAGUGGUUGAGCGUUGGGCAGAAGAUAGAGUGAGAACCAAUAGGGAAGAGGCAAGAGCCAACCGUGAUAGCUUCAAUCGACUGACGACUCGUAAUAAUGGAAGAUUUUUAAGAAGCCAUGUUGGUACAGAAAGCUCAGUUGCAGGGGGAAGUUUAGGAAGUUACAUCAUGAUGAAUGUAAAUAGACCGCCAAAUCAUUUUGGUAACUGGGAUCAUGACUACGAUGAUAAUGAUGAAGAAGCCAGAACGCAAAGCAUAAUGAAUAUGAUACAAGAGAGAGAAGAAAUGGAGCAUGAUAUGAGAACCAAAAAAUUCAUGGAAAAGACAAAAUCGCAGCAGGAUCAAUUUAUGAAAAAAUCGAUGGCAUUACCGGAUGGAUACAGCGCGUCCUUCGACACAGAGCCAAAAAUCAAAAUGGAAAUCGUGAAAGAUGGAAAGCCGCAAACGGUUAUUGUAGAAGACUUUGAACUGGCGAGCAAAUGCGAGGAUGUUCCAGUAUGUUGCCUUUGUGGUGUUGAGUUGGGCAUUGGUAUCCCGGAAGAUUUUCACGGCAUCAGUAAAGUGGAUCGUGGCGUUUCGUUUGAAUGCUUGGUAUACCGAUACGGAUUUCACUGUCCAUAUCAGAGUUUAUCGAAACCUUCGCAAUUGGAUAGGGAUCUAUCCAAAAGAACUUUUGUCGCUUCCUGCGGACAUACGUUCUGCGGCAGGUGUUUUGCACGCAUCGAUAACGCCAGAUCCAAGAGCAGAAUGGCAAAGAAGAAGCUAGCAGAAUUAAGGGGCAGCUCGCACCCUGAUAACUACGGACCUAAGACCUGCCCAGCUCCUAAUUGCAGAGCUUGUUUGAGAUCAAGGGGGAAAAUGAGAGAAGCAUUCUUCUAG